AUGCCGACACUCGUCAGACCCCAGCCAAGGACGGCAGUCCCGGACAGGACGCCGAACAAUAUCGGCAUGCUCAAAAAGAUCAACGCCGUCGUCUUCCCUCAUAUGACCUACUCUGACAAUUUCUACGCGGAUGCGCUCGCGCCAGAGUUGGAGCCUUACAACAAGCUGAUCUACUACAACGACAUCUGCGUCGGCGGUCUCUGUGCCCGUCUAGAGACCCUCAAUACCCCGCCAGCUAAAGCAGAUCAAGCGAGACUCUACGUCAUGACCCUCGCCAUUCUUGCGCCUUACAGACGGCAAGGCUUAGCCGCCAAGCUCAUCGCAUCCACGCUCAGAGAAGCGCAACGAUCGAACGAGCCACCGACAGAAGCAUCAGGCAAAUCAGACCUGAAGCAGACGACCAAGAGAGUCGCGAGCAUCUACACGCACUGCCAUACCGCCGCAGACGAAGCUCGCGACUUCUGGCAAACGCAGGGCUUCCAGCUCACCCAGACAGUGGAAGACUACUACAAUACGAUAGAGCCCAAGUCAGCCUUUGUAUUCGAGAAAGAUGUUGUUGUAAGCAUAGCAUAA